AUGUCUAUGACCAUCGAGGACUGCUCUGCUGUGCGACAGCCACGCCCCGUGCCCGACACUCCGACCAAUGUGCUUGAGCAGCUCAGCAUGAAGGGUAAGGUCGUCGUCGUGACGGGUGCCAGCGAAGGUCUUGGGUACGCUGCCAUCGAGGCUAUCGCUGAAGCAGGCGCAGACGUUGCCCUCUGGUACAACUCGAACGACAUUGCUAUUCAAAAAGCAGAACAGCUCGCAAAAUCCCACUCCAUCCGAGCAAAAGCAUACCAGUGCGAAGUCUCCCAAGUGGACCAGGUGCGCGCUUCCAUCGACAAGGUCCUCGCCGACUUUGGUCGCAUCGAUGUCUUUGUUGCCAAUGCCGGCAUGGCCAUCUCCAAGCCCAUCCUCGAGCAGACCGUCCAAGAGUACAAGCGCCAGAUGGAGGUCAACGUCGACGGCGUCUUUUACUGUGCCAAGUACGUAGGCGAGGUCUUCAAGCGUCAGGGCAAGGGAAACCUCAUCAUCACCUCGAGCAUGUCCGCCCACAUUGUCAACGUCCCCGUCGACCAGCCCGUUUACAACUCGACAAAAGCCGCCGUCACUCACAUGGGCAAAUCUCUCGCCAGGGAGUGGAGGCAUUUUGCUAGAGUCAACAUCGUCAGUCCAGGCUUCUUCGAAACCAAGCUGGGUGCGAGCCCUCGUGUCAUCAACGAAGCUUACCGUAUGUCGGCGCUCGGAAGACAAGGUCACGUCAAGGAGAUAAAGGGUCUCUUCCUCUACCUCGCCAGUGAUGCCUCCUCCUACCAGACCGGCAGCGACACGCUCAUUGACGGUGGCUACACUCUCCCUUGA